UUAUAUAAAUUUAUUAUGAUAUGUGAUUUUUACUUUAUUAUUUAUUAAUAAUAGAUAUCGAAACACAUUUAAUAUGUGAAUACAAAUUAUAUUAGAAAAACCUGUUGAAAAAUCAAUUUGGUUAAAAUUCAAUUAAGGAAAUCUAUAAUUUAAAUUAGAAAAGGACAAACAUAUUUAAAUAUAGGUUCAAUAAGUAUCUCAAUGACAUGUCAUUGUAAAUAAAUGGUAAACUCUAAGAGAUGAUCUAAUUUUGUACUCUCCUUUUAAUAGAUUAGAUAUUAUAAUAAACUACUUUGCUCACUCUUGAAUCUGUCCACGUGGGUAGAUUGUGAACUCCACAUUUUUUUUAAAUGAGUGGGCUUUAAAGUAAACAAUUUAUGUUUCGUUGGGCUUCGCAUUUGGCUUUAAUGAUUUAGGGUUUCCUAAUUCAUCUUCAUGAUUCUUCGUCGACCGUUAAUGUCCCCUUAUCUCUCCAUCUCCCUACAUUCGAUCGGCAUCGCAUCGGUGGAAGUAAUGUCGAACUUAGAAGUUGAAGCGGUUGAUUUUGAGCCAGAGGAGGACGGCUUCAUGGACGAAGACGUCGGAGCAGCUGAUGUCUCCCCACGCGCUGGGCAUCUGAGGAUUAGGCCAGCUAUCUACACCUUACAUAUGCUUCAUAGCUUUUUGUUUUGUUGUGAUCUUUAACAUUUUACCACUUUAUUGUAGUAUCUCCUGUCAUCUUCUAUGGACGAGAGUGUACGUUUAUGGAGAGUAUAUUAUGAUGAAUGUCUCGCAACUUUCUCUCAUACCAAUUUUGUGACUUGUGUGGCAUUUAACCCUGUUGAUGAUAAUUACUUCAUAAGCGGAUCUAUUGAUGGGAAAGUUCGAAUAUGGGAUGUGUCCCAUUGUCGGGUUGUUGACUACACUGAUGUAAGAGACAUUGUGACUGCUGUGUGCUAUCGUCCAGAUGCAAAGAUAACCAGCUGCAAAUGGACAGAGAGAUUAACUUGUCACAUGGGAAGAAGAAAGUUCCAAGUAAAAGGAUCACUGGUCUUAAAUAUUUUCCCAGUGACUGGGACAAAGUAAUGGUCACCUGUGCUGAUUCACAGAUUCGGAGAUGAUGUUGUCUGCAAGCUUAAAGGUUAAGAAUGAACCAGACAGUGAGUGUUUUGAGAAAUGAAGUAGGGUUUGAGGGAUCGGACAGUGGAGAAGAGACGGUGGUGAAGAGAGAGACUGAAGAGAAAUGGGUCAAGUCGGGUUUGGGGUUUAGGGUCCGUUGGAGGAUCCGUUUUAGUGUUGCACUUGACAUUCUUAAGUCAGUUGAGUUAUGUUUCAACUUUGUAAGGAAUGGCUUGGGGGUAUUCAUUCAGGUUUGGUUCAUGUAUUUCAGAUUUUUGAGCUUUAAUAUUUUUCGUUCUAGAUUCUAUUUUAAAAUUUUAUUGAUGUGUAAAAUCUGUUUUAUUCCAUUAGUUUGA